CUGGAUGGUUCCGUCAUGAUGGGUCUUCUUCAAUCAAACCAUCAGACGAUUCUUCGGACACCGCAAGUUUACUGGGCGGCAGCAAAAUGAGACGACCCAGUGACGCCGACUUCAACAAGUCCCACUUGCCAGAUGUGGACGAAGAAAGCGAAACCGAUCUUGUUUUCGAACGAACAUGGAGAUCAUCCAUAUCACCGGAUUCCGGAUUUCGGAGCAAUCGUACGUCCCAGGACCGGAAGACGUCAACCACUUCCAAUGGGUCCGAUCUUUACUGGGAAGCAACCGGACGUCGCCGAAGCUCAGAUCAAGGUGUGAUUCUGACACCGGAUACGGACAGCUUCAUCAUCGGGCAGCGAGUUUGGGUGGGCGGAUUGCGACCGGGACACAUCGCCUACAUCGGAGAGACGCAUUUUGCCCCGGGCGAUUGGGCCGGAGUGGUUCUGGACGAGCCGAAUGGGAAGAAUGAUGGUUCCGUUUCCGGCAAGCGAUAUUUCCAGUGUGAACCGAAAAAGGGCGUCUUUUCGCGGCUUACUCGGCUAACGCGGGAACCGCUUCCCGGUGCGGGCGAUACGUCCAUGGAUCAAAGCUUUCGAUCACUGGUAUCGCCCAUUAGGUCCAGAGCCGUUUCGCCCACGCAGAGCGUGUCCAGUUUUGCAUCGAAAUCGCCGGCCGUUAGCAAAACAGCCACCCUUGCCAUCGGGGACCGAGUUAUUGUGUCUUCAGGGUUCGGAUCUCGACCCGGUAUCUUGAAGUAUCUGGGUGAGACACAAUUUGCCAGCGGAAACUGGUGCGGAAUUCAGUUGGAUGAACCCAGUGGCAAGAACGAUGGAUCGGUCGAUGGAGUCAGAUACUUCGACUGCCUGGACAAAUACGGAAUAUUCGUGCCCAUCGCCAAGGUCACUCUGUCGCCCUCUUCCCGGAAAGCUCGCCUGUCCCGGUCCGGUUCCAAGGAAUCGCUCACAUCGGUGGGAACGAUGAGCUCAAUCGCUACCACAGCCACUUCCAGACUCCGCAUGAGCGCCCAGAGGAAAUCAUCGGUCAGCUCAUCGGCGGCAGUUCCUUCGACUCCAAAGGCAUCGUUCUCACUGCAGGAUGUCCUCCGGGAAAAACAAAACCACAUCGAACAGUUGAUGCGGGAGCGGGAAAUCGAUCGUGAGGAAGGAGCCAACCAAACAAUCAUGUACCAGAAGAACGUGCAACAGUUGAAGGACAAAAUUGCCAAACUCGAGUCCCAGCUGGGUGAGGAAAAACGCCGGAACGAAGAUCUUCAAUUUAGCGUGGACGAGGCGACCUUCUGUGGCGAGGAGCUCAAUAGAAAAAUUCAAAAUUCAGUACAAGCUCAAACCCAAAUUUACAAAGAACAAAUCACGGAGCUCCAGAAACAGCUUGGUGGCAAACCGGUUACAUCAGCUGAGCCAGAUCUUUCAGUUAGAGAAACAGAAACGACAGUCCAGCUGAACAUCGAAAUCGAUCGUCUGAAGGCAGAAAUUCUCGAAAAAGACCAGAAGCUGCACCUGACUGACGAGCUCAAACAGUCGCUGGAAGAUGAGGUCAGCAAGCUGCACGAGCGAUUGGCCGAGACGGAGAAGAAUUUGGACAUCAAGGUGUCCAGCUACAACAUCAGCGAGCAGUGCCUUAAGGAGAAGAUCACCUAUUUGGAGGGUCGGGUAGAUGAGCUGGAGGUUGAGUUGACCACCAAAGAUGCCGAUCUGGAGAAGCAAUAUCUGGAGCUGAAAAAUGCCGAAAGUAAUCUGGAUGAGGAGAUCUCUCACCUGCAGAGCGAUCUUAAAAACAAGGGAGAGCUAUUAGGGGAGCGAGAAAAACAGGUAGAGAAACUCACGGAAGAAGUUCAAACGCUACUGGCAGAUAUUCGACAAAGAGAUGUCAAACUGUUGGAAGGUGAGAGUGGGUUGAAGACGGUACUCGAAGAGAAAAAUAGCACAAUUGGAAGGCUAAACAAAGAACUAGAGCAGUUGAAAACAAAAGAGAAACUAUCUGAAGAAAGUCUCUCUGCCAAGGAGAAGCUGCUCUCAGAUCUAACAGCCAAAUUGGUUAGCACGGAAGAACAGGUUAAGCAGCAUGAAAAUCAACUCAAGGAGGUUUCAAAUAAGGCUCAAUCACUCGAGGAGAGUUUGGGCGGGAAAGAGAAGCUACUAGCAGACAAAGAAGCUGCGCUUGCUAAAAUACAAGACGAUUUGAAGAACAGCUCCGCAGGAAGUGAGCAACAGCAAGUGCUCUUGCGUUCGAAGGAAUCCGAGCUGGAACAAAAACAACAAGAGAUUGAUUCCAAACAAUACCAAAUCAAAACCCUGGAAACGUCUCUCGCCGAGUUGACUAAAAAACUUGAAGACAUCAUUCAAGAGAACAAUGAUAGACAAACAAAGCAUCAAGAAGCUCUUGAAUUUGAGGCAAAAUCCAAGCAAGAACUGUGCAAAAAGCUUGCCAAUUAUGAGACUGAACAACUUGCCAAAGAUAAACAGAUGGAAGAGAGUGAAAUACUUGUUAGCGCUCUCCAAAGUGAACUCAAAGAACUCAACGCGGCCAAAGCUAGUCUAGCGAAAGAGCUGGAAGAAACGCGAAACAGCUUUGCUGAUCGUGGAAGCACCCUAGGAAAACUGACUGAGGAGCGAUCUCUCCUCAGUGAACAGCUCGAAAAACUGAAAACAGAAUCAGCGGGUGCUGUAGCUCUCCUAGAAGAACGCCUGAAAAAUGCUCAAAAAACUCACGAAGAACAACUUGCCAAACGAGACCAGGAGCUAGAAAAACAAAUUGCCACCAAAGAGAACACUAUCUCUGAAUUGGAAACAUCUUUGGAAAAACUACGCCAAGACACCGUUGAACUCCGGAUGCAACUCGAACAAUCCAAUUCGACUGGAAAAUCUACUUCCGAUGAACUGAAUGCCAAAUCCACAACCAUCAAGGAGCUCAACAAGCAACUAGAAACGCUCAAAUCAGAACUUUCCACAAAAGCUGAUCAAAACGAAAAACUCAAUCAAAGCCUUCGGGACACUCAAAGCAAGCUACAAACAAACGAAGAGGAACUCGCUCGUCAGCAAGAGACAAACGGCAAACUAGAAAUUGAACACGCUGAUCUCAAACGUAAAAUGGAAGCACUGGAGCAGAAAACAACCCAGUUGCAGCAGCAAAAAUUCGAUCUGGAGAAGGAAAUCGACGCUCUGCGCUCGACAACUUUAGAUUCCAAUUCGGAACUAGCAAAGACGUCCGAUGAACUUAAAUCUAAGCAAAAAGCCUUGGAGGAGCUGCGAGAUUUGUUUGAUUCCACGAAAAUCGACAUGGAACGACGGCUGGACGAAACGAAUCAAACGAAUGCUGGUUUAAGCGAGCAGAUCGAACGACUACGGAACGAAAUGCAGCAGAUUUCUAGUCAGAAGAUUGAUCGAGAGAAUGAGCUUAAUGUUGAACUGGCAAAGAUCAAGGAAACGGCUGAAGUGGAGAAAGAGAAUUUGGUACAGGAAAUAGCCGGUUUGAAGGCAAGCUUCGAGGAAGAGAGGAAUCGGUUAAUGAAGGAAGCCAGCGAAAAGGUGGCUGAGUUCGAAAAAAUGAAAGAAGAAUUUAGCAAAACCAAAGUGGAAUUGGAAAAUUUGGUAAAAGAGUUGAAUGGGAAAUUGGAUGGUUUGAAAGAGUCGUCUGGAAAAGAGCGCCAAGAAUUGGAAGAUAAGUUGAGAGAGCACAGUAUUGCGGAGGAAAACCUGAAAGAACAACUGGAACAGUUGAAAAAAGAGGAGCAAUCGCUGAGAGGAUCACUGGCGGAGUUGAGACAAUCGAUGGAGAAAGGCAGUCACGAGUUGUCGGAACAGUUGGAUACCAAAAACACCAAAAUCAUUGAGCUUGAAAAAGAUAUCAGCUCGUUGCGAGAGCAACUCGGUAAAAAAGAGCAGGAGUGCAAUGAAUCUGCACAGAAGCUAGAACAAAACGCUCUAUCGCAAUCGGAUCUUUUGAAACAACUCGAAGGUUUUCUGGAGCAAAUACAACAACUCACGAGCUCAAAACAAGAAACUGAAACCUCUCUUAAAGCUCUCUCUGAAGAGAUAAACGCGUUAAAAGAGAAAUACACUGAGAUGGAAGAGGAACAAGUGGAUUUGGUUGAUCGUGAGCAAACACUUCAACGGAAAGCAGCGCUCUACGAAGAACAACUCGCGGAAGCUCAAACUCAGUUAGAGAGUCAGAAAGAAGAGCUGACAGUAAAGUCUACUGAACUCUUGGAAACGAAUGAGAAACUUGGAACAGUUCAGGCUCAAUUGGACCAGGAAACUGUCCGCUUAAACGGCGUUGUUUCUGAACAAGAGAAGCAAAUUCUUCAGUUGAAUACUAUGUUGGCAGAAUUGUCACCCCUGGUAGAACAGUUACAAAAAGCAGAAGCCAAAUUGAACGAACAAGAGCAACUGAUCAAACAGAAACAGGAAAAUGAACAGAAGCAAGGCGUUGAGCAAGAAUCGCUGCAGAAAUCUAUUCAAGAACGAAAUGAGACUCUGACGCAGAAGGAUUGGGAAAUAAAACAGCUUCGCGAGAGACUUGAUUUGAAGAACUCAGAAAUCAAAGAGCUGGCCAAUAAACUUCAAACGGCAGACAAGAGUCUCGCUGAAAAGUCAGAACAAAAUACCAAAACUUCGGCAGAAGCUAACAGUUUGCGAGAAGAGUUGGAGAAAUCUAAACAAGCAGCAAAGGAACAAGACGACAAACUCAAAGAACAAAGUAGAAAACUUCACGAGCUAGAAACAAAACUCAGUGCCCAGACUUCUCAAUUCGAUGAACUGUUGAACAAGAAGAAGUCUUCCGAAACGGAAAGCUCACAAAAACUGCACGAACUGAACCAGAAGCUACUGGAACUCGAAAGCAUCAAACAACAGGAAGUAACCAAAUUGGAAGCGAGACUUGCCGAAACCGUUACCAGGUUGGAAAAGGAAGCCGCCGAAUCCGCAAAGUUCGUUGGGGAAAUGCGAUCCGUCGAAAAGCGGCAGCAAGACCUCGAGUGCAUUAGGCAGGAACUUGAGCUGAAGGAGACCGAGAUGCAAAUUUCGAGCCGAAAACUGCACAAAGAGGUCGAGCUGCUUCGGUCCCAGUUACAAUCGAAAGACAGUGAAAUUCGCAGGCUAUCACAAGAGCUCGUCAAUGCAGCUGCUCAGAAAUCGGUGCAAACGACUGCUUUCGCCAUCACAGAUGGAGACGAAGAUACGACAGCACAAAUCAGCUUCCUUAACUCGAUCAUUGCCGAUAUGCAGCGAAAGAAUGAUAAACUUACCCUGAGGAUUCAAGCCUUGGAACAGACCAGUAUCGAGGGAAAUAGUCACAACUUGAGCUUCGAGUUCAGCAAACGAAAGCCGGCCCCAAGAGUAUUCUGUGACAUCUGUGACGAGUUCGAUCAGCACGAAACGGAAGACUGUCCGAAGCAGUGCUCCGAUAGUCCACCGGAAUCGCUCAAACAUCCCUCGGGAGAAGCGAAGGAGCGGAAGGUUCCUCCGCCGAGGAAAUACUGCGAGGGCUGUGAAGUUUUCGGCCACGAGCUCGGUGAAUGUCCGGAUGACGAAACGUACUAAGAAAAGAACAACCACCACCAAAAGAAGAGUUCCUCCAACCCAUUGCUCGAUUCGGGGGAACCAAAAACAAACCUAACUGGAAAAAAGAGGCAAACGGGAAGAAAUUGCUAUUUAAUUUGAGACCGGAUAAUGGCAGCUGGCUGACGGAAAUUUUCCGCCGUCUCUGUUUGGAAGGAGUGUACCCGAGCCGAGCCGAUAGCCGGAAAAUCGCGCAUGCUUUCCUCCGCACUUGGAAACACGAGAGGAAUAAAAAAAAAGGGGGAAAAAGCUCUCGAAAUGGAAUGAAACGGAUGUUUAUGUUAAGAGACUUUGUCUUGUUAAUUCCUUGGGGCGAGAUAGGUUUAGAAAAAGGAGAAAAGUGACUAGCGGCGGCAGCAGUUUGUGAGAAUUCCUCAAAGCGUGCUCGGUGACGCAACAGUUGUUUGUUAGCGAAAAUAAUGUUUCUGCAUGCAGAGAAAGCUGCUAAGCAAAGUUCACUUAUUAGCUUUUGUAGUUUAGGGCAGCACGUUUGUUAAUAUUUUAUGUAAUCGCUGAUUUUCUGUAGCUUUUAAAAAACAGACUAUUUCAUUAUUUAUUUGUUUAGUUUUAGUUUUAGUAAUAUUAGAGAGACAAACAAAAUUAAAAAAAAAACAUUUUGAGUUUAAAAGUUAAGAUCAGGGUAUCAAAUUUCGAAGGUUUUUCAAAAACAUUCAUGCAGACAUCCGAUUACCAAUUGAAAGACGACUAAAACUGUUAAAUGAAAAACCCACUUUUUACAGCUUAAUUUAAUGUAGUCCGUUUAUUUGAUUCUUGAUACAUAGCUACUAGAUAGGUAAAAUAAUAAAACA